AUUGAUUUAGGGAAUCAAUCUAAUACAUGCUCUCUUUUUCUUCAGGUGAAUCUGUGCUUUGACCAAUUUGUUUACAAGCUGGCAGACCAGAUAUUUGCAUAUUAUAAGAUCAUGGCUGGAAGCUUGCUUCUUGAUAAACGGUUACGAUCAGAAUGCAAGAAUCAGGGGGCGACAAUCCAUCUCCCGCCAUCUAACCGCUAUGAGACGCUCCUCAAGCAGAGGCACGUGCAGCUCCUGGGCAGGUCCGUAGACCUCAAUCGUCUGAUUACUCAGCGUAUCUCUGCAGCUAUCUGUAAGUCUCUGGAACUGGCAAUUGGACGCUUUGAGAGUGAGGACCUGACAUCAAUAGUGGAGCUGGACGGCCUCUUGGAAAUCAACCGCAUGACCCACAAGCUGCUCAGCAGGUACCUGACACUGGACGGCUUUGACGCCAUGUUCCGGGAGGCCAACCACAACAUGUCGGCACCUUACGGGAGAAUCACCCUCCAUGUCUUCUGGGAACUCAACUAUGACUUCCUGCCCAACUACUGCUACAAUGGCUCUACCAACCGAUUUGUUCGGACAGUAUUAUCAUUUUCUCAAGAAUUUCAAAGAGAUAAACAGCCUAAUGCACAACCCCAGUAUUUGCAUGGAUCAAAGGCUUUGAACUUGGCCUACUCUAGCAUUUACGGCAGCUACCGGAACUUUGUGGGACCUCCGCACUUCCAGGUCAUCUGCCGGCUGCUUGGAUACCAGGGCAUUGCAGUGGUCAUGGAGGAGCUGCUGAAGGUUGUCAAGAGCCUGCUGCAAGGCACGAUCCUGCAGUAUGUGAAGACGCUGAUGGAGGUGAUGCCCAAGAUCUGCCGCCUGCCCCGGCAUGAGUACGGCUCUCCCGGCAUCCUGGAGUUCUUCCACCACCAGUUGAAGGACAUCGUUGAGUAUGCAGAGCUGAAGACGGUGUGCUUCCAGAACCUGCGGGAGGUGGGCAACGCUGUCCUCUUCUGCCUGCUCAUCGAGCAGAGCCUGGUGAGUGGGCAACCCGGCCCCACCCCAGGCUGUGCUGAGUCACUCCCCACAGGUGACAGAAGAAGACAUCUUUUAGAGGCUUGAUUUAUUGGGGUUAUUCAUGGGAGUAAGGGGAGUAAGUGUUGUAAAGCCCCAUUCUUUUUUUGUGACUAUCUAGAUUAAUUUGAAUUUGUUUCUGACAAUUGAAAGACAAAAAUGCAGUGUAGCUCUUCAUUGAAGAAUGUUUUACCAUGUGAGCGUUGUAAAAAUGUUUUAUUAUGCAUAUUUGCUACACGUAAGGUAUAAAGCACGGCUUCCAUGAGAGCUGUCUGCAGUGAUGGAAAGUUCCAUAUCUGAGUCUGUGGGGCACUUGAAAUGCGGCUCAGUGUGACUGAAAAACUGAUUUUUAAAUUUUCAUUAGUUUACUUUUCAAUAGCUACACGUGUCCCAUGACUGCUGUGGUGGACAGCAUAAUAAAGUAGCAGCCCACCACCACUAAGCAAUCGCAUGGUGGGAGAGCCACUUUCUCCACUGAUUGCCUCCUUGUGGUAUCAUUUGUGGCCGUCCCUCUGUCCCUUGUAUGUCAUGUCACCUGGCAGUUGUGAAUUGGAAAGCCUAGUGAGUGUAACAGAGAAUCUCAUUGGCCUUCUCUGCCUUUCCCUCAUGACCAAGGAGGUGGGCAUCUUCGUUUGUUGCUUGGUUCUUCCUGUUUUGUUAAAUGCUCUAUUUGUGUCUUUUGCCCAUUUUUCUACAGCUUGUUUAUAGAAGUUCUUUAUAUAUCCUUUAUGUAUUACACAUAUUGCAAAUAC